GUCAAUUAAUAAUUAUCUUGAGGUUCGGGCGGGUGAAGUAUGUCUAGGCGCACAGGGGAGUCGCGCAAUCCACCAUCUGGCGUGUCGCGCACUGGAGGACAUAUACCGCAUCCUGCCCAGAACCAGGCAGUUUUCCAACGCCUCCUAUCGGAUGUACGCAGUGGCGAUCCCCACCGAUAUAUAGACGCACUUGGGCAAAUCACUCAAUUCUGUUCAGAGAGGAGGGCAUAUUAUGAGCUCGCCAAACCAGAGAUUGCAAAUAUUCUUCAUGCUGCCGUCCAAGGAUAUGAAGGUUGGUUGAGCUCAGUCAAUCCUAAUUUCGGCAGUAUAGCUUCAAGCAUUCACCAUUUUGCACGAACACUCCUCCCAUUCCUCUCUGAGUUCAACAACGUACCCCAGCUGCAUGGCAUUCUGAAUCAAUGCUUCCGGUACUUGUUCAAUCGCCCUGAUUCGGUGUUCGUGCCUGCAUACCGCGAGAUUGCAGGAUUGUCUUCAACUAGUCCCAUGUUCAUGACCCGCCCUACCCUGGUUCCCUUGAAUCCCCCAGCUUCAAUCCAGGAUUUAUCCAAACAGAUCCCCGUCCCCAAUUCAGUCGGCCAAUCAUCUACAUCCAUCCCUGCAACCGCACUUCCGGGUCAUGUUGGUUCAAUUAUCUCUCGCGUUGGGUCAGCAGGGGAUGCGUUAAGAUUAACACAUCAUCCUCAUGAUGAUUCUGCAACUCUGCAUCCAAAUAGAGGAAGUCCCAAUGCCUCAAAAGACACAUCCGUCGUGCUCGAGAUGUCUUGGGAGGAUUGGGAAGCGCUCGAAAACGAGGAUGGCGGUGUUCUGCAACCAGAUACCACUGUCGAAGCUGCAAUUGCUAAACCCGUUCCAAAUGAGCCUCAGUUGGCCGAACGUACAGAUCGAGGGGAGCGUCCAGUUACUCUCGUCUUUCAGAGCUCUUCCCCCGAGCUUAGGACUGGGUCAUCUGCAACAGGGAAAGAUGCUCCAGCCGUCCAACCCACUUCCCCUGAUAGACCUGCCACGGUUAUGGACGUAACACAGAGUUCUGACCCGUCAGUGGACAUUGAAGUGGAUCUAGGAAACAAGGAAUUGGACUCAACUCAAACUCAGACCAUCAAGACGGAACAAGCGGAAACCUCCACAGACAUGGAAAUGGUCACUAUUCCUCCGGUACUUCGUCCGAUAAUCCAAACUAGAGAGCAUGAGACCGAUCCAAUGGAAAUUCUUCAGAUGGAAAUUGUUGAUGUUGAACAUUCCAAGGCUUCGCGAUUUCCGUCCAAGGACGUAAUCCUCCGACUUCCGGUCUCGCAGGAACGGCAGGAUGGAGGGAAAGGCCUGGGGGGAGAGAACAGUGAGGUUCGGUUGCCGGGAACCUUAAUGGAUGGACCAACCCCGCGUCGGGAGGAAUCUGAAAUGGGUUUAGACCAAACAUCAAUUUUAGAGGAAGGCAGGAGCCAGGUUCCCAACCGCGCUUCCACGGUUGAAACUCCUCAGACUGAGCCUCAAAUCUCUUCAUCCACCGCCCUCCCGGGUAUCUUCGCGCCAGAGAAUCUCAAGUCUGCGGGAGAAAAGAGCAUGGGACUCACGGAUCUCAAGUACGAUGCUAAAGCUUUUCGCCAACUACUUAUCCCAGUUGUCGCAGAGAUCCUCCCUGACGUUGACAUAGAGCAUCUUCAUGGGCAGGCAGUCUCACAGGACCUGGCAGAUGUUGCUAGCAUGGGGCCCGCAAUUCUGGCCGAGCUUAGGAUGAUGCAAUCCGGGAAGUCGACUGGGCAUUUUCCUGGCGUCAGCGCCGUAUCUCCAACGCAACCUGCACCUUCGAAUGAUCAAGAAAGUACUAGUUCCGCGAGUUUAUACUCUCCACAGGUCAUGUUGCCUUCCCCUAGUUGGUCUCCUCAUGAUGUCGAAAGGUCUUUGCUCCAGUCCGACCCUGGAUCAAGUCCUCGAACGACACCGGGAGGGCUGCCUUCACUGACCAGCGUAUCGCACGAACAACAUAGCCUGCGCGAUCGGCAAUCUACUGUUUCUGUGGGGUUGCAUUCCCCGGACAGGGGCGGAGGCGGUCCGCCGGGUGGACUUCAGCCGGGCACAGCUCCAGUGGAACUGAGGUCUGCCACUCCCCAGCCCGUUGUUCCUCGAUCCGUGGUUCGGGUUCUGUGCGCACUAGAGGGGAGCGACAAACCGAAGUCACAUUCGGCGGCAUUUGAAUUGUCACAAGAACAUGCUAUAUGUGUGGAGCGAUGGAGCAAGCGCCACCUAAGCUUCAUCCCUACUGAGGAGCACCUGAGUGUAACGCUGCGUUGCUUCUCUAAAUCCCACUUGAAUGAGCCAACCAAACUCCCUGAAGACAAGUGGCCAUCCCACGACUCUCUCUUCCUUACUCUCAAUCCAGAGAAUGACCCUUACUACUUACCCUUGACAUCGUUGUACCUCAUUUCCCAGCCAAUCUGUAUCUCCCCGCUUUGCAAAGCUGGCUCAAACAGUGUCCGACUGCUUCAACUCCUUGAUCACUCCGACCUCGUGUUCGUGGUUCAACUUGAGAAACCCUCAUCAUCGGAGAUACAGAGGUAUAAGGAUUUAAGCACCCCACUAGGUAUGCUUGCUUGAUCGGUCUUACUCGUAUGUCGCAUAUUGUCCGUUGUUUAAUGUAACACUUAACAUAAACACCUCCGUUUGUUGGAAACGCAAGACCCACUAUUGAUUAGUUCUGCUUUUAAGCAAAAUGCAGCAAGAUUGUUUG